AUGUGAAGUUCUUGCGAAUCGGGCGCCACUAACAAACGGCAGCUCUAAUCUGAUAGGCGGCAGAUGAUUACCCUCACCAGCCAGCCGGUACUUAAUGUUCGAGGCCCUACGUUUCAACUUGGCAUGCAUAAAUGAGUACCUGCUUUUUCCAUCUCCCGUUCGUUGUGUUCGACAUGGCAAAAGCCGAAAGCUUGCUCCUGUUCAAAGCCACACGUCAAGCGACGAAUCACAACCCUGCAACAUUCGGAUUUUGAAUGCACCUCAGCCGCAGUUGAAUCUCUCCUUUUCCCAAACGUCAAUUUAUAGUUCUGAUCCGAGAUCUGGUUCGUUGCCAAGCUGUGCCACUUUCCUUCUUUGGUCUGAGGACGUCCUGAAUAUGCUGGGCAUCGUGAGGAUGAGCGAAUUGAAGGUGCGAGGAAUUGGCUCACAAAGCGCGAAGUUGUGCCAUCCAUGUCGUUUACGGCAUCGUUUGAUAGGGGUUGACGGUGCUGCACCGCUGUCAUGGCUGAGCCCAAGCUUUGGGAGAGCAUCCUCUUGCCGUUGACCUCCUCCUGCGGAUCUUGAUCCCUUUCUCUCCCACAUCUUCUUGAGAUUUCCCAUCUAUUUCCACUUCAUAGUCAAGAUGUUGGUCUUCAGAGUGCUGUUUUGUUCACUGGCAACAACUCAAGCUUUUCGACUCGCUCAACCCGUCCCUCAGCCAGAUAUCUC